AUUUUCAAGAUUCCACACUCAAAGACUGGUGUCAUUCGUGGAAACUUGGAACUAGAUGAAGGUAGAAUAAUAAACGGUAAGCCUGCCUCCAAGGGGCAAUUUCCGUGGCAAGUCGGCGUUUUCUUUGAUUUGCCAAGCGGACGACGCUUCUGUGGUGGUUCUCUAAUAAGUAGUCGAUGGGUGUUAACGGCGGGCCACUGUGCCAAAAAUGCAACAAAUUUUGUAAUUAAUCUGGGAUCGAUAACCACAGACAAUGAAGAACUAGGCCGUGUGACAGUGUAUACUAAUAAGUCGAUUGUACACGAAAAUUACGACAAUAGAUAUCUUAAUAAUGAUGUCGCACUUAUUGAUUUGGGUGUAGACAUAGGAUCAAAUGAUUACAUCAAGCCAAUCCAUUUACCUUCGAAGGGAGAAGUUGUUGGGGUAAAUGAACAGCUUGAAGUAAGCGGAUGGGGAAUAACCAACGAUUCAGGUACAGUGGUGAACCGCGAUUUAAAUUUCGUAAAACUCUACAGUAUUAGCAACGAGGAAUGUUUGAAUUCAUUUAGCCCAAGAUUUGUUAUUGAAAGCACUCUGUGUGCUGUAGGAAAUACUACUGAAAGCCCAUGUAGCGGUGACAGUGGUGGCGGUCUCGUUAAGCGACAGAAUGGAAAAUCGAUACAUGUUGGAAUUACAAGUUUUGUUAAUGAUGCCGGUUGCUCUCUUGGCAUUCCCACGGGAUACUCCCGCACUGAGUCUUAUUUGGAUUGGAUAUCUAAGCAUACAGGCAUUAAAGUGCUUUUGCAAACGAAGAUCGCAAUAGUAUCAGUGAUUACCAUCAUGAACGCCGGUGUACUCAGUUUGUUAUUUGCGGUAACAGUUUGCGCCCUUGGGGCAAAGGUUCCAUAUGCAACUCCUGGUUUUCCUGAAGACGUUCGAAAGGAUACAGCGAAACCUGAGGAUAGAAUAAUAAACGGUAACGUUGCCUCUAAAGGGCAAUUCCCAUGGCAAGCGAUCGUUUACUUUUAUUUAACUGACGGGCGACACAUCUGUGGUGGUUCCCUAAUAAGUAGUCGAUAUGUCCUAACAGCAGCUCACUGCGCUCGAAAUGCACUCCGAUUUGUAGUUAGUCUAGGAUCGAUAACAACAGCCACUGAAGAACAAGGCCGUGUGACGGUGUAUACUAAUAAAUCAAUCGUACAUGAAAAUUACAAUACUGCUAAUCUUAAUAAUGACAUCGCUCUAAUUGAUUUGGGUGUAGACAUCGGAUCAAACGAUCACAUCAAGCCAAUCCGUUUACCAUCGAAGGGGGAUGUUGUUGGCGUAAAUAGACAGCUUGAAGUAAGCGGAUGGGGAAUAGUUAGCGAUUCAGGCACAGUGGCGAGUCGCAAUUUAAAUUAUGUUCAACUUCACAGUAUCAGCAAUUCAGCAUGUGCGCGUUUGUAUGGAUCAAGUGUCAUUGUUUCAAGUACCCUAUGUGCAUUAGGAGAAACCAUUGAAAGCACUUGCAGUGGUGACAGUGGUGGAGGUCUUAUAAAACGAGAGAACGGAGAAGCCACGCAUGUUGGGGUUGUAAGUUUUGUAAAUGACGCUGGUUGUUCACUUGGAGCCCCCUCAGGAUACGUCCGCACUGAGUCUUAUUUGGAUUGGAUUUCCAGCCAUACAGGCAUCCCAGUCUAACUUUGUCAUUUAUUAAUGAUAUAAUUGUUUUAUAAAUUACCAUAAAAUGCAUAAAAUAAAAUCGAAUAAUGCA